ACCAGGGCAAAUUCAUCGGGCAGCAAAUUAGCAGCGAGCAGAUUCUCGCCGGAGUCGACGUCUGAACCGUCCUGGCAAAACCUUCUUGGGGAGAAUCGACAAGAAAAACAGCGAGUUUUUAUUUUUCACGUAUUCAUUUUGUUUUAUUACCCGUCAAGGAGAGCGUUUUGUUAACGUUCGAAUUGUAUAGUCGUUCGGGAGUCUGGAUUUGUUGGUGGACGUCGCUUGGUUGUGUGUGAUCGGAGUGGCUAGGUCGGCGGUAGCUCGCCGUUAGCUAACUAUUUAAAAACAACAGCAGCCGGAGGAAAGUGUACGCGUAAAUCUGCUUAAAUAUACCGUUCUUUAAUUUGUCGUCACAGUUCUUUUUUCCCCCUUUUCUUUCAUUACUGAGUGACGUGAUAUUAAUCUAAGCUUUAUAUUGGCCAAACCUCACCGGCUUCUUUUACUCGUGUCAAAUAAUAAGAAGAAUAAUGGGCACGUAAGAAUCCGGUGUGUUGAAUCCAGAACGAAUCAGAAUUCACUCCUAAUGCCACGUACAGGACCACAUUCGGGUGUUCGGUUGGACGGCAGGGAGAUGGGAUUCGUCGUUUAACUCGUAUUUUCGGGGUUUUUAAUAGGUUAAAUCGAGUCUUUAUUUAAUCAUGGAGGUUGAGACGCUAGUGCACCCGCUCUCCCACCCGUCCGCUCCGGGCAUCUGCCCCGAGAUGCUGGAGGUGGCGGAGGAGGCCACCCGCGCCGGGGACUUCAGUUUAGCCGCCGAGAUCUACAGCUCGCAGCUGGCCGACCUCCAACAACCCGAUCGGGGCUUGUGCCUACGCAAGGCCGACUCAUUGGUGCGCGCCGGACGGAUCUCCGAGGCGCUGGACUCGUACUGCUCGGCGGCCAGCCUGGGCAAACUACGGCCGGAGGAGUUGCCGCUACUUGUGGAAAGCAUCGCCCGGGGCCUCCGAGAGAAGGAGCUGGGCCACCGGAUCGCUGCCGGCGGGGAAGAAGAUGAAGACGAGGACGCCGAAUGGGGAAGCACUGAAAACGACAGACUGGACUUGUUCUCUUGCGGGUUGUGUCGGUGUCUGCUCCACGAACCUUCCACGGUGGAGUGCGGGCACACAUUCUGCAGACGCUGCCUGGAGCCCGACACGGUGACGGACUGCGUGCAUUGCAAGCGAGCUUUGGCCCGUAAGGACAGCCUGCCUAACGGCCGCCGGCUGGACGUGGUGCUCGGCGGCCUGCUGGACAAACUCUUCCCUACCGAGAGCCGCGCACGUCGGCUGUGGAUCGACGGCGAGGUGCUGCGGCAGAGUCGGAACCUGACGGAGGCCUUGCAGAAAUACGACGAGGCGGUGGAAUUAGCGCCAUCUACAGGCCGCCUACUGUGCCAACGGGCUGAACUGCACAUGGAGAUGAACAACGUGAGCCGGGCAGUGCAGGACGCGAGCAGCUUGUGCCAGAUCAAACCUCUCUGGCCAAAGGCUCACUACCUGAAGGCCACCACGCUGAGCAAAGCGUCGCGUAACGAUGAGGCCCUGCAGGAGUACUUUCUGUGCGUGGCUCUCAAACCUAACUGGACCAAAGUCAAACUGGAGGCGCAGAAGGUCCUCGCCGAGCUCUUCUCCUCCGUGUUCGAGAACCAAGACAUACCCACGCCUCUGCACCCCCUCCAGGGUGGUGUGGCUUCACGCCCCAUCAAGCCCCCCGUCCUACUGAGGACCCUGAGGCCCCUCACGCAAAGGCCUGCGUCGUCCUCGCAGGAAUCUGAUACGAGCAUGACAAAAAGCGCCUUGCCGGAUGAGUCCUCGUCCAGCCCGCGGACGUUGCCCGCUCCAGUAGCCGAGGGAAGUGGCACCAACAGCAAGAGCCUGGCUGACGUCCUGGCCUGCGUACCAGCGCCACCCACUGGCCUUAAGAGGAAGCAGAGUGAUGACGGCUUCUUCAAUCCUCCCUCCAAGCAUCUCAAAUGUGGCGAAUCGAGCAGCCUCAAGAUGGCGCCGGCAUGCGGGGGGAGAGUGGUUCCCGCCGACCUGUUGGACAGCGGCGACCUGGAGUGUUCACUCUGCAUGAGGCUGUUCUACGAGCCAGUGGCCACGCCUUGCGGCCAUACCUUCUGCCUCAAGUGUCUGGAACGCUGCCUGGACCACAACCCCAACUGCCCUUUGUGCAAGGAGAACCUCUCAGAGUUUUUGUCGACCCGAGGCUACAACAAGACGCUGCUGAUGGAAGCGGUGCUGCAGCGCCACUUGGCCAGCGAGCUGGCGGAGAGGAAAAAGAUCCACGAGGAUGAGAUGAAGGAGCUCUCCAACCUGAACCAGGAAGUGCCCAUCUUCAUCUGCACCAUGGCCUUCCCCACCAUCCCGUGUCCGCUGCACGUGUUCGAGCCGCGCUACCGCCUCAUGAUCCGCCGCUCCAUGGAGACGGGCACCAAGCAGUUUGGCAUGUGCAUUGCCGACGAGCUGAAAGGCUUCGCCGACUACGGAUGCAUGCUGGAGGUCCAAGAUGUGAAGUUUUUCCCCGAUGGACGCUCGGUGGUGGAGACCAUCGGGGUGUCUCGGUUCAAAGUCUUAAGUCACGGCCAGAGAGAUGGCUAUCACACUGCCAAAAUCGAGUACCUGGAAGACAAAAAGGUGGAAGGCGAGGAGUUGGUGGAGCUGCUCAAGCUGCACGACGCCGUCUACGAACAAGCCAGCAACUGGUUCACGUCGCUCAAAGACAACAUGAAAACGCAAAUAGUUAGUCACUUUGGACACUUGCCCAGCAAAGACCCGGACCCCCAGUCGAGCGGCAGCGGCCCGGCGUGGUGCUGGUGGCUUCUGGCCGUGUUGCCACUGGAGAACCGGGCCCAGCUCACCAUCCUGUCCAUGAGCGCCUUGAAAGACCGGCUGGUGGCCAUCCGAAAGGUCCUCAUCUUUGUCAUGCGCAAGAGGCCGCGGUGACGACGGGCCGCCUCACCCCCCAGAGCCUCCGCAGACAUUUGUGCAUAGUCCAGUCAUUUGCGUGUUAUUGUCGGCCCAAUUCUUUGUGUGCUAAUGCGCCGACGCCGCAGCUUCUUCUCUUUCACGGAAAACAAGAUGACAGCCAUUUCCUGCAAGUAAGGCUUCUACUUCAGCCCGUUUUGGCAGAAAACGAGGCGGCAAACCAGUCUGCGGAACGUCACCAUACAAUUCUGGCAUUACUAUGGUAUAAACGUUUUUUGUUGUUGCUUAAAAAAACAAACAAACGUCCUUGUCGUACUUUGAUUCAAUUGCAACCACAGCCCAUUUCGUUAGCUUGUGAGAACCUUAUUCCAACACACUGUCUUGCUGCUACUUGCAAGUGCCAUAGUGUAAGUAAACCGUUAUAAAAAAGCCAGAGUUUGCGAUGUUUUUAGUUCCUAUGCAGCCCGUGAAGGCAGCAAAGUAGCCAGAGGAACGUCAAUCCAUUCAAUUAAGAUAAGAUAUCCUUUAUUUGUGCCGCGUUGGGGAAAUUUACAGUCAAGAGUUCAGAAAGGAAAACACUGGGUCGGAACUACAAAUUUGAUCCUCUGGUUGAAAGCGGCCCUGUUUUACUUGGAUGCGAGAUGCAGCCCAUUUAGGCAGCACCCUUACUUUGGGAACCUCACUCCCCCACUCUGUGCUGUAGCUAGUAUGCAGCUAUGGCACUGUUUGGCACCAACCGUUUAGUCGGCAAACUAGCCCGGAGAACCUCAGCCUGUUUAUGUAAUAACUCUGCAGCUAUAUAAGCAUUCUUUUUCGAUUUCAUGUUAACUGUACAGACACACAAAAAAGGAGAAAAAAAAACAUGCAAAAACUCGAAUGUACAUAAUCUUCCGCGCUUGGCACAUUGCAUAUCAGUGCUAGUUCUCCCAACCAGCAUUUGUUCUUCUCCAUUCAGUCCUAAUGGCGGCGUGCAAUGCUAUUUGGCAGCACCUUCCUCUUCUCUCUGGUGUUGCAGUACGACUGUUGAUGCUAGAAUGUGAGUUGUUCAGUGUUGAUAUAACACAGAGGCCUUUUUCACAUCUUUUGCUUGUGCGGUACAUUUACAGACUUUUCUCACCAUGUGCAUGUGAGGCAUUUGCGAUGGACUUCCUGAAUGUCGAUAGCAGCAUCUAUUUUUUUGAACUCGAAAGCACUUAAAAACAUGUUAGUUUGCACUCUUGCUGUCUGUCUGAUGCGUGAAAAUGAAAAUUGUGGCUCAUUUAAAGCAAUUUUUUUUUUAAAGUUACUGUCCGGUGUGGUUUUAAAUGACUAGAGAGAAUGUUCCGGUGAGAAAGGCUAAAUGUACCGUAGAUGCGCUUUUUCUUUUGUCCUUCCAAAUGUUUGUGAUCUCCCUGACUCUUUAAUAGGUGGGAUUUACAACAUGUGUGCAUUUCCCUGCGAUUGUUUGUAAAGGGAGAUGUUGUACUUAUUUUUUAUUGCCAAUAAAUAAUAUGAAUUCAUGA